CCAGGGAGCUCCGGUGGAGGGGGAGUUUGGUGACUUAGCGAUCACAAAGGCGGAGCCCACCGAAUCCCAGGCGCUCCGGAGCUCGCUGGCAUCCCGGAGAAGGCUUGAUGAAGUAGCCCACUGUGGAAGAAUCUGCUCCUUGCCUUAAAUAAAAAAUGGCUUUUCAUGUAGAAGGACUGGUAGCUAUCAUCCUGUUCUACCUCAUUAUAUUUCUGGUUGGAAUAUGGGCUGCAUGGAAAACCAAGAACAGCGGCAACGCAGAAGAGCGGAGCGAAGCCAUCAUAGUCGGGGGUCGAGAUAUUGGUUUGUUGGUCGGUGGCUUUACCAUGACAGCCACCUGGGUUGGAGGAGGUUACAUCAACGGGACAGCUGAAGCAGUUUAUGGCCCAGGCUGUGGUCUUGCAUGGGCUCAGGCACCCAUAGGGUAUUCUCUGAGUCUGAUCCUAGGUGGUCUGUUCUUUGCAAAACCUAUGCGUUCCAAGGGAUAUGUGACCAUGCUAGACCCAUUUCAGCAGAUCUAUGGAAAGCGUAUGGGCGGGCUGCUGUUCAUUCCUGCACUGAUGGGAGAGAUGUUCUGGGCUGCAGCAAUUUUCUCUGCAUUAGGGGCCACCAUCAGCGUGAUCAUUGAUGUGGAUGUGAAUGCAUCGGUCAUUGUCUCUGCCCUCAUUGCCAUCCUUUACACCCUAGUGGGCGGGCUCUACUCUGUGGCAUAUACUGAUGUUGUUCAACUGUUCUGUAUUUUUAUCGGACUGUGGAUCAGUGUCCCCUUUGCCCUGUCACAUCCUGCAGUCACCGACAUCGGAUUCACCGCUGUGCAUGCCAAAUACCAGAGUCCCUGGCUGGGAAGCAUCGAACCGAUUGAAGUUUACACCUGGCUUGACAAUUUUCUGUUGUUGAUGCUGGGUGGAAUCCCAUGGCAAGCCUACUUCCAGAGGGUUCUCUCUUCGUCCUCAGCCACGUACGCUCAGGUGCUGUCCUUCCUGGCAGCUUUUGGGUGUCUGGUGAUGGCACUACCGUCCAUAUGCAUAGGAGCCAUUGGAGCCUCCACAGACUGGAACCAGACCGCCUAUGGGUUUCCAGAUCCCAAGGCCAAGGAGGAAGGAGACAUGAUCCUCCCGAUCGUACUACAGUACCUCUGCCCUGCGUACAUUUCCUUCUUUGGGCUUGGUGCUGUUUCAGCCGCUGUCAUGUCCUCAGCUGACUCUUCCAUUCUGUCAGCAAGUUCCAUGUUUGCUCGGAAUAUCUACCAGCUUUCCUUCAGGCAAAAUGCAUCAGACAAAGAAAUCGUGUGGGUCAUGAGGAUCACUGUGUUUGUGUUUGGAGCAUCUGCGACAGCCAUGGCCUUGCUGACAAAGACUGUGUAUGGGCUCUGGUACCUGAGUUCUGACCUAGUCUACAUCAUCAUCUUCCCACAGCUGCUCUGUGUACUCUUCAUCAAAGGAACCAACACUUAUGGGGCUGUUGCAGGUUACAUCUUUGGACUUUUCCUGAGAAUUACUGGAGGAGAGCCAUAUCUAUACUUGCAGCCCCUAAUCUUCUACCCUGGUUAUUACAUGGACAAGAGUGGUAUAUACAACCAGAGAUUCCCCUUUAAGACUCUCUCCAUGGUUACCUCAUUCCUGACCAACAUUUGUGUUUCUUAUCUAGCCAAAUAUCUAUUUGAAAGUGGAACCCUGCCUCCGAAACUAGAUGUAUUUGAUGCCGUCGUUUCGAGGCACAGUGAGGAGAACAUGGACAAGACUAUUCUAGUCAGAAAUGAAAACAUCAAAUUAAAUGAACUCGCGCCUGUGAAGCCUCGACAGAGUCUAACUCUCAGCUCAACUUUCACCAACAAAGAGGCCCUUCUUGAUGUUGAUUCCAGCCCAGAGGGAUCUGGGACUGAAGAUAACGUGCAAUGACCCCAUCUAACAUAUAAAGAACAGAGCAUUGCUGUAGGAUGGUCUUGGAAAGAAGGUUUGGAAUACAUCUAACAAAUAUUAAAAUAUAAACAUUUGGGGGUGGAAGCUUUGCAGAAAUAAAAAGUUAUCAUGGACGAGUUCAGAAAAAAAUAACAAUUGCACAGAGAGAAGGAAUCAAGGGUGAAAACAAUGGCUUUAUUUCUUAUCAUAGCACUUUUACGUUUGAAUAAUUUUG